GCACCUGACAAGCAGCACCACAGGAAGACACGCUAUACCAGCGGACGUCCGAUAUAUAAGGAAGGCUUGACGUACGAGCAGCAGCAGCAGCGUGUGGAGGAUGGGUCUCCUCAUUAGCUACAUGGGUCAGGUCGUGAGCUACGUGAGUCAGGCAGCCCUGCACGUCUACCGACCGUACCUGCUGAGUAGCAGCGAACAUCACAUCUACGUACGCACGGGCGACAAGCGGGGAGCUGGCACCGACGCUAAUGUCUAUGUACGGCUGUACGACAGCGAUGGCAGGCAGUCCGCAGAUAUCACCCUCGAUGUCCCGUUCAGGGAUGACCUUGAACGAGGAAACAUGGACGUAUUUCCUUGUCCGAAGCUGGCGGGAUUUAAGGAUAUCGCGAAAAUAGAGCUAUGGCGAGACGAGAAGGGAAUCUGGGACAACUGGUACGUCGAUUACGUCAUGGUGCAACACGUCGCCACCAAGCGGUCGUUCUACUUCCCGAUCCACCGCUGGAUUCGCGCCUACCAACACUACGUCUUCAAAGAGUUUGACAGCAGUCUACCGCAACACGACGACGAGCAGAAGUUCCGUAAGCAGGAGCUGCUAGAGAAACGGCAGACGUACGAGUUCGUCUGCCACUAUUCCGGCAUUCCGACACAGGCGAAGAGUCUGCCAGCCGACGAGAGCUUCUCUAAUGAGUACAAGUGGAACCUCGUGGCCCGUAAGGUACAGAUGCUGGCCGAGAGCGCCAUCACGCGGCGACUUGUCAAGGACUGGGAAUCCCUGGAAGACAUCAAGAACAUGUUCAAGUUCAAACACUUCCCUCUGCCCGAGUGCGUGAAUGAUUGGCAGACGGACGAGCAUUUCGGCAGACAGCGGCUGACAGGCCUCAACGCCGUCGCCAUACGACUCUGCACGGAAAUACCCGACAACUUCGCAGUCACCGAUGAUCACGUGAGACCUUUCCUAGAAGGCAACACUAUAGAGGGCGCCAUCGGCAAGAAGAAGCUCUUCUAUGUCGACCUGAAGAUCCUAGAGGGCGUGCCAACAAUACCGGACAAGAAGGUGUGUGCUCCGCUGGCUCUGUUCUACGUGAGAGAGGACGAGGCAAUGGUGCCUGUCGCUAUCCAGCUUCAUCAAGAAAAGGGACCCGGAAAUCCGGUGUUCGUGCCGAGCGACCCCAAGUACACGUGGCUGCUCGCCAAGAUGUGGUUUAACAACGCAGACGCCCAGGUGCAUCAGUCCAACACACAUCUCG